UUGUAGUGAAAGAUGGCGGCCGAUCUAGUUAUAACAUGCAGCUAACGUUAGCUAUCUGAAAAUACGCAACAAGACGUUUCAAGAGAUUUAUCAAUCUUCGUUGACCACACUGCGGAAUUUUAUUAUCUAGGACUGCAGCCUGUUUUUGUUAUAUAAUUACCGAGGUGCAGGGUGUUUUGAGGAUGGCAACCGGUGGAACACCGUUUGACAACUGUAGAGACGAUCAAGAUCUGCCCAACUGGGCUGUCAGUAACGGCAGCCUAGAAGACCGGUUAAACAAUAUGGACUGGGGCACACAACAGAAGGCCAACCGGCCCUCAGAGAAGAACCGAAAGAAGUGUGGCACGGCAGUGGAGAGUCGGGUGACCAAUGACAUCUCGCCAGAGUCCACCCCGGGGGCAGGGCGAAGGCGGGCCCGCACCCCACACUCCUUCCCCCAUGUGAAGUACUCCACACAGAUGUCUGUGCCAGACCAAGCUGAGCUGGAGAGACUCCGGCAGAGAAUCAACUUCACCGAUUUAGAUGAGAGAAGCAUCGGGAGUGAUUCUCAGGGACGAGUCACGGCCGCAAACAACCAAAGACAGCUUGCCGAUGACAAAAAGGCCUUCAACUUUUUACCGCUUCACGUGAACACAAACAAAAGCAAGGAGUCCUCUGUCCCUGCUCCUCCAGCUGCAGUGCCUCUGUCUGCCAGCAGGGGUGCUAAAAAGCAGGCCCUGGUCUUGGACCUAGGAGCCUGUGAUCUGAGUAAGGCGGGCCGGGCUGAGCGAGGAGCAGGGGACCAUGGGAGAGGAGAGCUGGGGAUCGACAGCAGCCAGGUUGUCAGCAAGCUUGUUCAGAUUAGGGAGUAUAUUGGCAAGGCCAGCACCAUAAGGGACGACCUGGUGGAGAAAAACGAUAUCCCUGCCAAUGUUGAGCGUUUAUCGCACCUAAUAGUACACCUAAAGGAGCAGGAAAAGUCCUACUUGAGAUACCUACAAAAGAUGUUGGCCGGGCAGAAGGACAGAGAUGAGGUCCGCGCCGUGGACUUGGAGGCAGGGUUGGCGUCCGUGGCCGAGAGCGUCUCCCUGAACGCGGAGGCGCAGCCCGAGGGCUCUGCUGCUGGCUGGACCAGGCUUGCGGGGACGAAGGAGGAGGAAGAGGAGGAGCUGGAGAAUCUGCGCAGGCAGCAGGAGCUUCUGAAGAAGAUGCUGAUGCAGCAGGAGCAGCUGCGUGCCCUGCGUGGCCAGCAGGAGGCGCUCAUGGCCAUGCAGAGUCAGGCCCCGCGCACGGGCGCGGUUCUGGAUGACACGGUGGUAACAGAAACAACGGGCAGUGUUUCUGGAUUGAGUAUCACCGCAGAGCUGAAUGACGAACUGAAUUAUUUAAUACAGCGGUUCCACAACCAGCUUCAUGACACACAGACAAAGGUGGUUCCAGACAACCGGAGGCAAGCAGAGAGCCUGUCCCUGGCCAGGGAGGUCUCCAGAGUGCGGCCGCUGCCCCCCACCCGCCCCCAGCAUGCCCCUGCAUCCGUGUCCAGCGCUCGACUCACCAAGCUCCAGGAGCUGCAGGACAAGAAGGAAACCAUGGACAAAAUCCUGGAGGAGCUGCACACUCUGAGAGACCACACGCUCAACAACCGAUCCUAUGGAGUGAUGUCUGGCCUGGGUCAGCGCGGGCCGGAGCAGAGGGAGCUGGUGCCUGGGGGCUCCGUGGAGCGGCCCUCAGCACUCAACAGGGAGCUGAAUGGGCGUGUCGGCGUGGUCAUCAGACACGACUCUGCCUCCUCCUACCGCGAGCCCCAGCCGGAGGACAGCGCCAACCCCCCAGAUAAACUCAGGAAGCUGAAGGAGGUCCAUAAGAGGCUGAACGAGCUGCGGGAGCUGGUGCAGUACUACGAGCAGUCGUCCGACAUGAUGGCCGACACCGUGAACGAGAACGUCAAAGACGAGGACGAUGACACCGAGGCCAUGUUCGACUCCGAGCAGGAGAACCCCGAGCCAGUUACCAAAAUAAGAAACCCUCGGCAUGCUGGGAACUGGGUGGACACGAGUGGCGCGACCAGCUCUCACAGGACCAACAACCAGGACGGGAGGCUGAACACAAACUGCGAGAUCAACAACCGCUCAGCUGCCAACCUGAGGAGCCUAAACUUCCGCUCCACCAUCGAGUGCCAGUACAACAGGUACCACACCUACAACGAGCCCAAAGAUGGCAGCGAAGACGAGGAAGUGGAGGAGGAGGAUGAGAGGGAAGGGCUGGUGGAUGAAGAGGAGGUGCAGGAGCCGGGGCCCGGCAACGAGGCGUCGGGUUCGAGCCGCCGGAGCAGCCUGGGAGGGGGGGAUCCUGAGCUGGUGCAGAAGGUCCGCCGCCUCCAGACCGCCAAACAGAAGCUGAGGCAGCUGCAGGAGCUGGUCGCCAUGGUGCAGAGCGACGAUACGGACGCCACCACAGCUAACGAGGAGGAGGGGCCAGUCCAGCAGCCCAACAACGCGCGGGCACCCGUCCCCAAACCCCAGCGGGACCCGUCUGCGACCGAGGCUGCCAGGGAGAAGUUCUAUCAGGCCAAGCUGAAGCAGCAGCAGCGGGAGCUGGGCAGGCUGCAGGAGGAGAGACAGCGCCUCACUGAGAUCCAGGGAAAGAUCCACGACCUGCAGUGGGCCUGCCCUGACUUACAGUCUUCCUUGUCCAGCACGAUGAGUCAGCAGGACCCCAGGAAGCCCCCUGAGGUACCAUCGACCCCCAGCGCCGGCGCUAACGGACCGGCACCCCUCUCCACAGAGGAGCUCGUCCCUGAAAACGAGCUCUUCUCAGAGAUUCGGCGGCACCAGGUCCUGCGGGAGGAGCUGAGGCACCGGAGGAAGCAGCUGGAGGGCCUGAUGGCCGAGCAGCAGAGGCGGACCCAGCUGCCGGACUCCGCCUGUGGGGCCCCGCCCCUGCCCACCCCGCAGCCACUGAGCAGGGACGAGAGGACCAUGGCCACGUGGGGCGGGUCCACACCCCGCCACCUAGAGGAUGAGGACUGCUACCCCUCGGAGACGGGGGCUGAGGAGGAAGAGGAGGAAGAGGAAGAGGAGGCAGAUUCCAGCUCCAGCGAGGACCUGCCCCUGUACACCAGUCGGACCCAGGCCUCCUUCAGCGGGCACAAGUCCAAUGAGAGUGGUCCGAAGGCCUCAAACCCGUACCCAGCUGGCGCUGCGGCGGGCCCCGCCUCCAGCGGGCGGGGCAGGCAGCAGGGCGGAGCCGGGGGGCGGAGGCAGGAGAACAUGCACUGGGCCUGGGCACGCUCCCCUCCGGAGGUGCAGCAGCACUGGCAGGAUCAGGUGACCCAGCUGCACAAACAGCUGCAGUUCAGCACCUCCAUGUGCCAGACUCUCCUGCACGACCAGCAGUCUCUGUCCUGUUUGCUGCAGUCUCUCCUCUCCACUCCGUACAGCGUGAUCCCCAGCAACGUGGGCUCUCCGCAGGUGCACCUGGUCAUGCACCAGCUCAACCAGUGCUACACACAGUUGGCGUGGCAACAGAACAACGUACAGAGGUUGAAGCAGCUGCUGAACGAGCUGCUCCUCCAGCAGCAGCAGGCCCAGCCCGGACAGCAGAGCGCCCGCCCUGCCUCCCCCGGAGCGUUCGUCCCGCCCUUCCCCAUGGGCCUGCCCGGACUGGCCGGAUUCUCUCCCGUCCCCACCGGGCUGGGGUUUAGCCCCAUGUUCGCUCCUGAUUUUGGGCAGACUGCAGUCCCCCAGCCCGGUGCCCAACAGCAGAUGGACCACAACUCUUCAGCGAGGACGGAGUACAUGAGCUUCCCCCAGCCCCCUCCCCCUCCUCCACCCCCCCAGGAACGGACCGCUGCCGGUGCAGCUGACAAACGGACACAGAAAGAGGGAGAGGGAGGGGUGCAGGCAGGCGCGGGGCGGCCUAACGCAGCCCGAGCCGUGAGGGGGGAGCAGCCCCCCGUCCUGCACAGGACUCCUGACCGGGAGGACGAGGGGUCGCCCUCCCCCCUGCCCCGCAGCGGCAGGACCCGGCUGUUCCACCCGGAGUCCCUGGAGAGUCUGAGCAGCCUGCCGGACCCCAUCGACCCGACCACCAUCACCAGAACCUUCCGGUGCGGCAGGAAGGCCUCGGCCCAGGCCAGCCUGGCUACACGAGACAAGACCCCCACCACCAAGAGGAAGAGGAGCAAGGGACACGCCCGAAACGCAGGGGACCUUACAGCAGAUUGCGGGCCUGGUCCCUCAGGCCAGGGGACAGACAGCGUGUCCAGCGCCAGCGAGUAUCAGGACCGCCCUCUGCGCACCAAGCAGAGGGAACAGAAGCGUCUGCUAGACAGACUGACCCAGGAGAAACUGGACAGCAAGGUCAAAGUGAGACACGCCCAUGAGCCAUCCUCAGCGUUGGCUUGGAGCGCACCACUCCACUCUAGCAGAAACACAUGCACUGAAGCAGCAGAUGCCAGCAGUGACUUCUCCCUGUUCGAGGCCUUGCGAGAGACCAUAUAUGCAGAAGUGGCUUCCCUCAUCUCCCAGAACGAAUCCAGACCGCAUUUCCUCAUCGAGCUCUUCCACGAGCUCCAGCUGCUGAACAGUGAUUACCUGCGUCAGCGGGCCCUCUACUCUCUGCAGGACGUGGUCACCAGGCACCUGACUGACAGGGACACGGCCAGUGGGUUGCCUCACCCUCUGGGUCCCCUGGCCUGGGCCACCGCCUCCAACUCUGAGCUCACGCCCAGCGAGCCAACCAGCAGGGCCACCAGCGACACGGAUGUUUGUGAGAAGACCGCUAGGAACAACCUGAACCCCGUCAGAAGGCAGAGCAGCAGAGAUGGCGGGGGCAACGAGAGCGCCCACUCCACCUCCUCCAACCAGGAGCCCUUUGCCAACGACGAUUUGGGGGACACUGUAAUCCACCUGGAUCGGGCGCUGGCGAGGAUGAGGGAGAGCCAGCAGGGCAGUGGGGAAGACACCGCGCCAGGGGUGCACGAAGGUGCUGGUGAUGGGUCCACCUGUUUUGGAUAUGCGUCAGGGGAUGCCCAGUGUCCACAGGUCGACACCGAGCAGCUGGACAGGCAGAUCAAAGCCAUCAUGACUGAGGUUAUACCGUUCCUAAAGGAGCACAUGGAGGAGGUGUGCUCCCCGCAGCUCCUGGGCUCAGUCCGGAGCAUGGUGCUGUCGCUGCUGCAGCGGGCCAAUGAGAGCAGGGAGUUCCUCCGCUUCCUCCACCGACAGCUGGGCCGUAUCCUGAAGGAGAACCUGAGCAGGAUGAUGGGUAGGAUGCUGAAGGAGUGCGGAGAGGACCUGCUGGUGAUGAUCUCGGAGAUCCUGUUCAACGAGCUGGCCUUCUUCAGCCUCAUGCAGGAGAGAGCUGCCAGGAAGCCCGAAACCCCAGCCCUGAAACACGCUCACUCUGAGGAGAGGAAAACUGUUGAUGGCGAAGAGUCCGUUUCUGCUGUGUUUAGUGAUGAAGAUAAAGACAAAGACGAGGCCAAAGAGACAGCAGCUCAGCACCAUGGUGACAGAGACGCAGGCCUGUUAAGAGCAGAGAGGCGGGCACUGAGUAGCUGCAGCAGUGAGCAGGCGGAGGAGCGGCAGCAGGAGGAAGAGGAGGAGCUGAAGGCUGAGACUGGGGGUAUCCCCGCCUCCCUACAGGCUUGGGGCAGUGCUCCUCUCACACCUGAGCAGCCGUCACUCCAGGGACCAGUAAGGGCGUCUGGAAAUGGAAGGUGUGACCUGGAUCAUGCUGGAGGCUGUGAUGUAACUGAAGUGAGAGUGGCCCAGUCUGAGCCCGUGGAGGUGGAGACUCCCACGCUGAAGGUGAGGAGGAGCCUGGACCUGGGAGAUGCUGAUGGCCAGGCCCCCCAGGGGGAGGGAGACAAAGAGCCUGCUGAGAAAGGGUCUUCUCCCGAGGGUUCGGAGGCCUGCAGCCCUGACACGGACUCUCCCGUCAUCGUCAAUGAGGACGAGGUUGGGUCUGGGAAUUUGAGCCAGAAGUCAGAUGAAGAUGAUUUUGUGAAAGUGGAAGGUGUACCCCUGCAGCUCUCUACUCUGUGUGAGGCUGAACUUCGGAAGAGAAUCACAGAAGAGCAGCAGAAUAAUAAUCUUUCUGCAGAGAUCAUCAGUGGGAAUGUCGAUGGGCUGACAGGACUUGUUGGCAACUCUCAAAUGCUCAAAGAGCCAGAAACGAUUGGAGCACAAAGUGCAUGAAGACUGCCCUUACUUUGAUAUCAUUGUGAAAACUGAGGCACAAGUUUCCCCAAGGUCUGGUCGAAACUGAAUGUCCACACUGACUGCGUUCCAUUUUAGUGACCACCAAAUAGGAUAAAACGCAUUGCAGGUUGAAUGAAUGGUUAACUGUGUGUUGGUACAAAAAAAGAAACAACAAUUUCAUCCACACAACACUGAAAACGUGAUCUGUGACUGAGCCUACUGUAGAACCCCACAAUGCCUGUUGGUUGUUGACACGAUGAGGGGAAAACAUGGAAGAAAUGUUAAACACUUUUUGCUUGUUACGUUUUAUGUUUUACGGUUGUCGCAGAGUGGGCAAACGGUUUUCCCAAAAGCUGUCCACCUGCAUCCCUGAAAACACUCAAGCAUUUAUUUUUUUUAUAGUGUAACCCUUGGCAGUUGAUCAGAAAAGAAUUCUGCUUCAUAAAAAUCAGUUGACUACUCAGGGCCAUGCCCGUUGUGUUUAUUGCACUACAUUUCCCAUGACUUCUAGCGCUGAAGCUGGAAAAAUUGCAGUUGCAGUUCUGACAAACCACUGUAACGAGUUCCUCAUUUUUAGCCCCAGUGGGCACAACCACAUUACACCCUGCCUGGAUAGGAUGCUCACACUGGUUUUCAUUCUCUUCCCCCUCCUGCAGCUGUUAUCUGGUCUUGAGUGCCGUUUUUAGUGUGUCUACUAUAUUUACAUUUUUAUUAUAGAUUUUAGGCAUGUUGUCAUUUCCAUGGCUGAUGUAUCUCUUCUGUCUUUCUUUGUGUUGAAAUUAAAAAUGUUUAGUAUGGAAGUUUUAAAUAAAUUACCUAAUUGACUUUU